AUGGUUCGAUUUGUAAAUGCUCUUCGCAAGUAUGAGGUGUACUUUCGUGAAGCCUCGCAAACUUCGUAUAAACCAACGUCUAGCUUUACAACGGAAAAAGCUUCUGACGAUAAUAGCUGUCAAAUGUUUGGCCACGAUCGCAAUUGGCAAUUGAUUGAGACGGCUACUUCCCUGAUCUCGCGAGCGAUUCCAUUCGCCAUGAAAGUCGGAGUGGUGCGAAACGGCGAUGGACGCUUUGUAUUGAUUGCUCAAAAUAACGAUUUUGAUGCAAAAUCCUUGGAAGUUCGAGAACCAGCUGCAGUUAUUCUCUUGCAAAUACUGGAUCGAGAGGCGCCACUAUUCAGAGCGAGUGUACCUUUGGGAGACACAACUUGGCUUUUAGAACCUCUCGCAGCGACUGUGGAGGACCCAAUUCGGCUGCGCAUCGAUAGCUUAACUCAAGGACUUUCAACGAGCAUUCUAAGUGAUAUCUCUGAUUUGCCAAACGAGCUAAAGUCUGCUCCUCGAACUUUGUUGGCUACA